AUGGCUAAGAAGAUUUCGAGAAAUUCCAGAGCAGCUCGUCAGGCUGAAGCAUUUGAACCUGAAGCUAAAACCCUUGCAGAGCUUCCACGUCCCGAAAAGACGGAUUUAUCGAAUAUACUUAUAAGAACCACCGCCAAGAAUGAAGCACUACUAGAGGCAAAGAUCAAUAAAAAAUCCAACAAGAGAGUGGAUAAGAAGAGAUCAAAGGAAAAAGCACUCAAAGAUUUAACACAUUUAGACAGGAGCAGAAUGGAAAAGGCAUUAAAUUUCAGCAGUAGAUUAGAUGGUAAAAUUGCAAAAUCUACUUCACGUGCAAAGUAUGUUCAACAUAUAAGGAAAGCCGGCUGGGAUACAACUAAUGAAUUGAUAAGGAAAGAGUUGGCCUCAGCACUAGAGGAAGCUAAGUCUACUAAACCCAAGGAAAACGAUGCCGACCCCGACGCAAUGAAAGAUGAGCCUAGUGAAGAAGAGGAAGAGGGAGUCGAAAUGGAAACUGAAAAUCCUGCAGAAGAAUUGAAACCUCAGGAACAAAGGACCAAUAUGUUUGGUGUUCUUCCUGUGGAUGAUGAGAACUGA